GAUCUCCGAGGGUGUGUUUGGACGGAGGGAGGGAAGGGACGGGAAGCGCAAGCGCCGCCCAACUCCGCGGAGCCCCGAGGCCCCUGCCUCCACCUCCCACGACUGCACCGUGCUGUUCAGUUGGACCACGCCACAGCAGCGCUGCUACUGCUUUAGCAUGAUGCCGCCGCCACGGCUGGCGUCCGCCAUCCUCGCCGCCGCCUGCAGGUUCAGAAAGCCCAUCGCCCUUCGUCAUACGCUGGGCGUUUUUGGGUCAUGCACACCAGCUGUUCGACACAAUGCCUCAGAGAUGUUGCCAUUCCUGGGCUUGCCACCAUGCCUUCACCAGAGUGCCCUUCCAAGUGGGCACUUGCUUGGAUCGCUGAGAUUUUGCCAUGCCAGCGCUUCGGAAAGUUCCAGCGAGGUCCAUGCCAGUGAAAUCCUGAGAAUUCUCAAGUCCACCGGUAGCAGCGACAAUGCUGAUCUCGGUGGUGCUCUCCGUCAGUUUGCUGAAAACAUGGAUGAGGACGUUGUCCUCAAGGUUCUCCAGAAGCAGCGGUCCAACUGGCAGGCCGCGCUGGCGUUCUUCAACUGGGCGGCGGGGCUGCCCGGGUACACCCAUGGGUCGAGGGCCUACACUGAGAUGCUGGACAUUCUCGGGCGGAUGAAGAAGGUCAGGCUCAUGAGGCAGCUGUUUGAUGAGAUUCCCAACGAGCGGUGGGAGGUCGUGGUAACCAACAGGAUGUUUGCCGUGCUGUUGAACAGGUAUGCGGGUGCGCACAAGGUACAGGAGGCAAUAGAGGUGUUCUACUUGAGGAAGGACUAUGGGUUUGAACUCGACCUGGUUGGGUUCCAGAUACUCCUGAUGUCGCUGUGCCGAUACAAGCAUGUUGAGGAGGCGGAGGUUCUGUUCCGCAAGAAGAAAGAUGAGUUCCCACAUGUCAUAAAGAGCUGGAACAUCAUACUUAAUGGUUGGUGUGUCAAGGGAAGCAUGAGAGACGCUCAAAGGAUUUGGAAUGAUAUCAUUGCAUCCAAGGUUGAACGGGACCUGUUCACCUAUGGCACAUUCAUAAAAGCACUGACCAAAGAUGGCAGAAUUGGUUCCGCAGUGAAGCUGUUCAACAGCAUGUGGGAGAAAGGCAUUAAUCCUGAUGUGGCGAUCUGCAACUGUAUCAUUGACCAGUUGUGCUUCAAGAAAAGGAUUCCAGAAGCACUUGAGAUUUUUGGUGAGAUGAAUGAUCGUCGUUGUCAAGCAGAUGUGGCUACCUACAAUACUUUGAUAAAAUACUUAUGCAAUAUAAAGAGGAUGGAGAAAGUUUACGAGCUUUUGGACGAAAUGGAAGCAAAGGGCUGCUCUCCAAACAAUAGGACAUACUCCUAUAUUCUGAAGACAACAGAGAAACCGAAAGAUGUCAUUGCUUUGAUGCAGAGGAUGGAGCAAACCGGUUGCAAAUUGGAUUCUGAUACAUAUAACUUAAUAUUGAACCUUUAUGUCGAUUGGAAAUAUGAGAAGGGGGUGCACCAAAUAUGGGAUGAGAUGGAGAGGAAUGGAUCAGGCCCAGAUCAACGAUCAUUUACUAUUAUGGUUCAUGGUCUUCAUUCCCAAGGAAAGCUUGAUGAGGCUCUGCAAUAUUACACAACAAUGAAGUCAAGAGGGUUGAUCCCUGAACCAAGGACCAAGAUACUGGUGAAAGCUAUACAUAUGAAGAAAGAUGGGGCUGUCACAGAAGAUCAGUCUGCAAAUAUGACAGGGAAGAAUCUAAAACUGGAUCCACGAUCUAGACUAUUCCAUGUUCAUAAAUAGUUUGCUGUCAGAUCUUACUUCUAUAACCUGAACAGAGGAUUGCUGGGCACGUAUUAUGUGUCAAAAGAAUCUCUUCUACCAGUCUCCAGAUCACAAUGGCCACACCUUGGGCUACAAUAAAUCAUCAGCAAAGUGUAUUGGCAUUAUGUAUACCAGAAAGUUUUGCUCAGACUUUCAAUGCCAGGGUAUGUUUUUUAUGUCUGAUACGGAUCAAUUGCAAGUACUGUAUUACACCGCUCGUAUUAUGAAGGUUGUGUGAAAUAUGACAGAUGUUUGUUUAUUCAUCUGUUAUGCAUGGCUGUGUCUACUCUCUAGUUGUUGGCUUGUUGCCAACAUAUGCAGCAGCAGGUAGCUUCAGCCGCUCAGAAGCCCAAAUGAAGGAUGGCCCAGGCAGAAUAGCUAUGUCUAGACCCAGAAAGCUUAGGACAUGUCUUGCCAGCCUGCAGUUUUGUACUCGUAGCACCAACCAUCUCCGGGUUCUGGCCGGUUAUACACAUGAUCUGGAAUGGGCAUCCGCUGAUCGAUUGAAACCUUGAACUGCUUCCGUGUUUGUCUUUUACCAUCUAUAUAGUAUGGUUAGUCAACAGCAUGCAGUACACCCAUGCAUAUGAUUGCAGCAGGAUGACAUGGCACGACCAGAACCCUUCUUUUGCCAGUUUUAGAUUCUUAUACACGGCCAACUGACGCAGCAGGGAGUUGCAUGCUAAGUAGUUCAGCGUAGGUGGUGAGUUCUCAACUCUGAUAUGGCUUAUGGAAGAACACUGUCACGGUGUCACCUAGCCGGUUGGAGGCCAACUUCUUACUAGGGACAGCAAUGGCCCUGUCCACUGUUUCGUGGCUGGUAUUAUUACCCCUAUGCAGUGAAUAUGACAUGUGGAUCUAUGUGUAUAUUAUGUCGUCAAAAGAACAUUAUAUGAACCAUUGAUCCACCUUUGAUUCUAUUAAUGUGUCAUGGUCAAUUGAUGUCAAACUCUAUUAUCUUCAAGUCUUAUUGUAUUGAUAAAAUCACGAUGCUGCUACUGCCAUUUUGAUGUUUAUAAAAGGGUAUUGAGAACCUGGUGGGUAUCCAUUCGAUGCGCAGGGGUGGGGGUGGGGAAAAAUGAGUGUAAAGGACAGGGAUACAAUAUUUAGAAAGAUGGGGCUGCCACAGAAGAUAGUCUCCAAGUAUGGCAGGGAAGAAUCUAAAACUGAUUCCUUGAUCAAGACUGUCCCAUAUUCAUAAAUAGUUCACUGACAGAUCUUGCUUCCAUAUUCUGAACAGCUGAUGCUGGGCACAUAGGUGGUUAACCGGUCAGCAGAUCGAAGAAAAAAAAAUCUUGCCUGUCAGUGUCCAUGAUGGCCUCAUCUUGGGUUAGAGACAAUCAUCCGUAAAGAAUCAUGUGUUUGCCUGAUUAGUUCAAUCUCAAGUACUGUUUUACAGAUUUUACUCUGAGGGAUAUGUGAAAUAUAUGCACAUUUGUUUGUUUAUCUGUUA